CACGGACCCUUGCCAUACCUGAGGAGAUAGACCAGGUCCUCGUGGAAAGAAGGGGUCCCUGCCGUUGCCCAGUCGGCAGAUUCUCGCGCAGUCAAGCAGCAACAGCUUCAGGCUUUCUCUGCCCAUCUCAAUUGAGCCUCAGCUGCCCUGUCCGACGACGGCAUCUCCGCGCUGUGGUCAGAGGCUCUCUACUCUAGAGCGUCGCAACCCCGCAAGCAAGCACCACCACGAUGCCUAUCCGCGUCAAGUCCAAGCCUGCGCCAGCAUCCGAGGCCCUGUCGCCUCGGUCGGGCUCGUUCUGGCACACUGAGCUCCCCGACAUUGACCAUGAAGAUACAUUCCGGACCGUAGUCAAGAAGCUCUCGCUGUACAUUGCCGACGUGGUCUACACGCCAAGCACCUUCGAGCAGCUGCGGACAACUUCGGCAGGAGACCCUCUCCGCACUCUGACGGACCAUCUCAGCCAUCACGUAACCAACCCGGCGAUUGUGAAUGCACUCCUUGCUCUGCGAUGGCACUACGGUGCUGGCAACGAUGAGAGCCACGUCUCCGAGGCCCGGGCCAACGCCUGCGAGAUUGUCGCAUGGCGCUUCUUGACCCGCCUGUCGGAACGUGAGGCUGUCGAGUUCUGCUUGUACGAGAUCCCCGAGGACUGUCCCAGCGGAGCGGUCUCGCUCCACGGCGACCUGGCCGAUCCAGAGGAUGGCACCCCUAGGGAUGAACGUACGGCGCUCCUGGGACAUCACCACACCAACAACGGCAGCAUGGGUCACUCCCGCCCGGAUGAGCGGCCUGCCCAUGCCGUGGCCGGAUCUAUGCGCAGAAGCCAGCUGCUGCAGUCGGUCUCCAAGCUGACAAUGAGCAUGCAUGCUGGUGAUGACGAUGAUGAUGACGACGACGAGGAGGAAGACCCAACGGCCCCGUUCAAGCAUCUCAACGCCCUCGAGAUUGCAGCCAUCGCCGACGCCAAGAGGUUCCUCAGCCAGCACGUCGUGCAAAAGAUCAUUACCGGCAUUUGGAAUGGCGACAUCAUCUUCUGGGACAAGUUCUCGGUGCACACAGUCAAGAAGCCGCGCUUCUACAACCCGCGCACCGCCGAUCCGUUCUCUCGUCUCCGCGUUCCAAAGUAUCUCAAAGCCUACGAGGUCAUGUUCUUCGCCAGCUUCCUCGGCUUGUACUACGGUGUGCUGAUCGAGCAGAACAAGACUGGUCUUUCAGUGACUCAGGCUUUGUGGUACAUCUGGUUCGCGGCCUUUUGUUACGACGAGAUUAGUGAAUACCUAGAUGCCGGCUCCAUCUUCUACGCAGCAGAUGUAUGGAACGUGUUCGACAUGAUCAUGAUUGGCAUUGGUCUUGUGUUUAUCGGUUUGCGGGCGGCUGGGCUGUACUACGAGGAUAGGCGUCUGAUCGAGAGCGCUUUCGAUGUCCUGUCUUUGGAAGCAUUGUUCAUGGUGCCGCGGAUUUUUUCGAUCCUGAGCUUGUCUCCCUACUGGGGAACACUGAUUCCCUGCCUGAAAGCGAUGGCCAAGGACUUUAUCAAGUUCAUGGUCCUGGUAGUCAUUGUCUACCUUGGGUUCUUGACUACAUUCUCACUCAUUGGCAGAGAGAGCUUUGGCUUCAGCCACAUGGCCCUGAUCGCGACCAAAAUUUUCUUUGGCUCAAGCUACCUUGGCUUCGAUGUGAUGGAGAGGAUCGAUCCCAUCUUUGGGCCUCCUCUUAUGCUCAUCUUCAUCACCUUGAGCUCCAUCCUGCUCAUGGGCAGUCUGACUGGUAUGCUGAGCAACAGCUUCUCCCGGGUGAUCCAGCACGCGCGCGAGGAGUAUUUGUACGUGUACAGCGUAUACGUUCUGGAGGCGUCCACAUCCAAUCGCCUGACUCACUUCUACCCGCCUUUCAACCUCCUUGCACUUGUCCUGUUCCGCCCUAUGAGACUCUUCUUCCGCAGCGAGGAUAUCCGCAAGGCUCGCAUUGUGCUACUCAAGGUCACGCACGCCCCGAUUGUGGCCCUGAUCCAUGCCUACGAGUUUGUAGUUUCGAAGCUCGGCCAGGGCGGUGGCUCCAACAACUUCCACGGCCCUCGUGCCAAGACCUUCCGCGGCAAGGCCUUACGCCGUCCGGACAGCAGACCCCAGUCUGGCAACCGCCCGAACCUGCCUUCGUCCAAGCCAACGGCCAGCGGAGAGUCUAUCAAUACUCCGGCGCCACAGAGGCACGAGUCUGAGGAGGAUGUUGGAGAUGCGCCUUCAGACGUCGAGGUGCGCGUUGCCGAGCUCGCGGCAAAAAUUGACCGUCUCACUACCCUUGUGCUGAGCCUGCAGAAUGGGGCGGGUCUUGAGGCUGUGAGGACUUGAUACGCAUAUCGCGACGAGCCUGGUGCUGCCCGCAAUGGCGCAAAGAGAGGACGUGAAGCCUUGCAUCUUGCGAGGCUGCUUUGAACCAAGCCGCUGGGUCUAUCUUGGAGAGUUUACCGAGCUUGCAUGAUUAUUAGGGCGGAAUGGGAUUGUUCAAGUUCCGGACAUGAAAGAGACUGGACAACUGAGAUUGAAUACCAUGGUCGGGAGCAUUGAACGAGAUCAGAUCAGGUGAUCACAUAAGAUUAGUUACAUGACAUGAGAAUUGAAGCAUUGCAUCUAUGGAUACGGAGGACAGGUUGGAAACUGGCUGAUGCGGGACCUAGCACGCCGACCAACCUCUGAAAGAUGAUUCACACGAGAGUGGACCUCCGGAGUCCUCGUAUGGCGCCGACUCCUCGUAUGGCGCCGACUCCUCCUCCGCCUCCGCAUCUCGGAGAUUUGCUCCACUUCCC